AUGGCGGCCCCCAACCCCGCCAGCGCGGGGCCAGCAGAGUCGCUGCCCCCAGUCGACAUCAAGCCGCUACUUUCCAGGCUUUGGCCUCUGCACCCGGAAGUGACAGCAGAUGAGAUCUCGGAUGCCAUCUCCUAUUUCUUCACCGGUCAAGUGUCUGAAGCACAGGCAAGCGCACUCCUAAUAUGCCUACAUUUCACCGGUUGGGAUCGGCAGGCAGAGGUGCUCGCAGGAACGGCGGGGAAGAUGAUGAAAGCUGCCGCGAGGAUAGAUGCUGAGCAGUUAAAGAAGGUGGUUGCGACAAGAGGAAGGCCGGAAGGUCUAUAUAGGGGUGGACUGUGCGACAUCGUCGGCACCGGUGGUGACUCACAUAACACUUUCAACAUCUCGACCACGUCCUCAAUCAUUGGAUCCUCGUUAUUACUGAUCUCCAAGCAUGGAAACCGUGCCUCGACCUCGAAAUCCGGCUCCGCUGACCUGCUUGCGAACAUGCAGCCCCUCCCUCCUCAAAUCGGUCUUGUCUCGCCAUCAACUAUCGCCGAGGUAUACAGCAAAACAAAUUACGCAUUCUUGUUCGCCCCGGUCUUCCACCCGGGCAUGCGAUUCGUAGCUCCGAUCCGCAAGCAACUGCCAUGGAGGACUGUAUUCAAUUUGGUCGGACCACUGGCAAACCCAGUGGACGUACACGAAUCACCUAUGGUCGAAGCUAGAAUUCUAGGCGUUGCAAGACAUGAUAUAGGACCUGUGUUUGCCGAGGCACUGAGGCUAGCUGGCGGCAAGAAGGGCAUGGUUGUGUGCGGCAAGGAAGAGCUGGACGAGAUCAGCUGUGCGGGGCCGACCCUGUGCUGGAGAUUGAGAGAGAAAGAGGACGGCGGCGAGGUCGAGAUCGAGCACUUCCUGCUGACACCAGAGGACUUUGGCUUCCAGCCGCACCCCCUGAGCACGGUAUCACCGGGCAAAGAGCCUGCUGAGAACGCCAAGAUCCUAACCAAAAUCCUGAAGAACGAGUUGCCGGACGACGAUCCGAUCCUCGAGUUCGUUUUGAUCAAUACUGCGGCUCUUUUCGUAGUGUCUGGAAUCUGCGAUGCAGACACUAGCUCGAUGGGUCAUGGAGAUGACGGGAAAGUCAUUACGGAACGAGGCCCUGGCGGCGGACGCUGGAAAGAGGGUGUCCGCCGGGCGAGAUGGGCCGUCAAGAGUGGCGAGGCAUGGAGACAGUGGUCAGCAUUCGUCGAAGUUACGAAUAGCUUCGGAAAAUAA